ACUUACACGCAUUUCUAGUCGUGUUUUGUUCAGUCUAGCUGAACUGACGUUGUGCAGCAAGGUGCAACAGCCUCUCAGCUACAAACGACGUGGCUUUGCUGGCUCUUUUUCCAGCCGAGUGGUCAUUUUAUGGCGCCUUCACACACGGCACGUCGUUUCCAUCUUCUCAGGACCCUGUGAACAGCAGCACCGGAGUCAGGGGAAGAAGUUCAGGGGAGCGUGAAAGCCUUCACGGACCUCAGGUGAGGCUUCACCUGCUCCCUCACGCUGCCCGCUGACGAGGCCGAGGAGGAGGAAGAUGAUGAUUAUGAGGAAGAUGACGAUGAGGAGGAAGAUGAUGAUGAGGAGAAGGAAGAUGAGGAAGAGGAAGAUGAGGAGGAGGAAGGCGAGAGGGGAGCGAGCGGAGCCUCCCCGCCCUCCCUCUCCCCUCAGCAUGGGGGGCAGCGAGGGGCUGAGGCGCCCGGCCGCCGGAGGAGGAGGAGGAGGAGGAGGAGGAAGAGGAGGAGGGCAUGAGCACCCGGCGGGCUGCUCUGACGUUUUGAUCCCUUCCGAGAACUUAACAGGAUCGCCGAGCCCUCGGAGCGGCUUUUGCCUCUGAGCCGGGCUCAGGCGGGCGGGCUUUGGCCCUAAUCCGCCCGGGGGCGGCCGCGCCGGGCCCGGCCCCACCGGGGAGCUCCGGAGCCGGAGAGGAGCCGGAGCCGCCGAUAUCGCCGCGGAUAUCGAGAUAUCGCUCUAUCGCUCGCCCGGUCUGGGCGGAGGGAGGGAGUUUGUGAGCGCCGACAGCGGCACGGAGAGCGCCACGGGUUAGUGUGAUUGGUAACAAGGAAAGAAAUACUGACUGAGGAAGCAUGUGAGAACCCUGCGUAAGUCACAGGUAUCAUUUAGAUGUUGAUAUGUAAAGCAAAAUGGCAAAGAUCAACACCCAGCACUCCUACCCUGGUACGCACAGACUGUCUGUCAGAACGGCUGAUGAAGAUAUUGAAAGGAUUGAAAAUGGCUUUAUCAGAACCCAUUCACUGUGUGAGGAUACGUCUUCAGAACUGCAGAGAGUCAUUUCUGUGGAGGGAGGACAUUUAUCUGGAUCCCAGACGAGCUCAUUCACAGGCAGGGGAGCAAUGGCAAGGCUGUCACGAUUUGUCGUAUCUCUGAGGUCAUGGGCCACAAGACAUUUGCACCAUGAAGACCAAAGACCUGAUUCUUUCCUGGAGCGAAUCCGAGGGCCAGAGCUCAUAGAGGUGUCCAGUAGGCAAAGUAACAUCCGCUCCUUUCUGGGCAUCCGUGAACGUCCUGGGGGAGUAAACAGUCAAUGGCCCUUGGCCAGGUUUAAUGUCAACUAUAGCAACAACACCAAUGAAGACAAAAAGGAAGAAAAGAAAGAGGUUAAAGAGGAAAAGAAGGAGGAAAAGAAGGAGGAAAAGAAGGAGGAAAAGAAAGAUGACAAAAAAGAUGACAAAAAAGAUGACAAAAAAAAAGAAGAGAAGAAAAAAGAGAUCUUUGUGAUAGAUCCUUCAAGCAAUAUGUACUACAACUGGCUGACCAUAAUUGCAGCACCCGUGUUCUACAACUGGUGUAUGCUAGUGUGCAGGGCCUGCUUUGACGAGCUACAAAUUGACCAUAUAAAAGUAUGGCUGUUCUUGGACUACUGCUCUGAUGUAAUCUAUGUAUUUGACAUGUUUGUUAGAUUCAGGACAGGCUUCCUUGAACAAGGCUUGCUAGUUCAGGAUGAAAAGAAAUUACGAGACCAUUAUACCAAAACUGUGCAGUUCAAACUGGAUGUGAUGUCUCUUCUGCCAACAGACCUGGCAUACCUGAAGGUUGGUUUGAACUACCCCGAGCUGCGAUUUAACCGCUUGUUGAGGAUUUCCCGGCUGUUUGAGUUUUUUGACCGCACGGAAACCAGGACAAACUAUCCAAACAUGUUCCGCAUUGGAAAUCUUGUCUUGUACAUCCUUAUCAUCAUCCACUGGAACGCGUGCAUAUACUUUGCCAUUUCAAAGCUGAUCGGCUUUGGAACCGACUCGUGGGUCUACCCCAACGUCUCCAUUCCGGAGUACGGGCGCCUGUCCAGGAAAUACAUUUACAGCCUCUACUGGUCAACGCUCACGCUGACCACCAUUGGAGAAACACCGCCCCCGGUGAAGGACGAAGAGUAUCUCUUCGUGGUCAUCGACUUCCUGGUGGGCGUGCUGAUCUUCGCCACCAUUGUCGGUAACGUGGGCUCCAUGAUUUCCAACAUGAAUGCCUCCAGGGCGGAGUUCCAGGCCAAAGUCGAUUCUAUUAAGCAGUACAUGCACUUCCGAAAAGUGACUAAGGACUUGGAAGCCAGGGUUAUUAAGUGGUUUGAUUACCUAUGGACCAACAAGAAAACGGUGGAUGAGAAGGAGGUUCUCAAAAAUCUGCCCGACAAGUUGAAGGCUGAGAUUGCCAUCAAUGUCCACUUGGACACGCUGAAGAAGGUGCGCAUAUUCCAGGACUGUGAAGCUGGACUUCUCAUUGAGCUGGUGCUGAAACUGAAACCUACGGUCUUCAGUCCUGGGGACUACAUUUGCAAGAAGGGAGAUAUCGGGAGAGAAAUGUACAUUAUCAAAGAGGGAAAAUUGGCUGUGGUGGCAGAUGAUGGCAUAACCCAAUUUGUAGUCCUGAGCGAUGGCAGCUACUUUGGUGAAAUCAGCAUCCUAAACAUCAAAGGUAGCAAAUCUGGCAACAGGAGGACAGCCAACAUAAGGAGUAUUGGUUAUUCUGAUUUGUUCUGCUUGUCUAAGGAUGAUUUAAUGGAGGCCCUCACAGAAUAUCCAGAAGCCAAAAAGGCUCUGGAAGAGAAAGGGCGACAAAUUCUGAUGAAAGACAAUUUAAUAGACGAGGAAGCAGCAAAAGCAGGAGCUGACCCAAAAGACUUGGAAGAAAAAGUAGAAAGACUUGAAACAGCUCUGGACACGCUGCAGACUAGGUUUGCUAGGCUCUUGGCAGAAUUCAGCUCUUCUCAACAAAAAGUGAAGCAGAGACUUGCCAGAGUAGAAACCAGAGUGAAAAAAUACGGCAGUGGCACCUUAUCAGUUGGAGAAGCAGAGGCCGAAAAACCCGAGGAGCAGAAAAAAUAACUGAUGGAGUAUUUAUAUUUCCUUACUUAAUGGAGAAGGUUGAAACGUGUGAAAGCCAUAAAUGUAUAUAAAUGUGUGUGCAUACAUAGCCAUGAUUAUUUUUAUACAGACUCAAGAGAAUGGUUUUUAGCAUUUUUAACUCAAGCGGUAUUUUCUUGUAAAUAGGACAUUGUCACCUUCUUCAUAGGGGGAGAUUCUGGUCUGUCAUUUGGGUACUUUUUUUUUUUUGUACUGAGAGUGGGUUUCUUACAAGUCAUGCUCAGAACAUCUGCGUAUGGUAUGUGUACACCUUGACACAUUGUCUCUUCACGUGCAUGUUGUAUGACGAAGGCAUUGUACUUAAACUAGAGGGAUUGUUUUUUUAAAGGGCUUAACAAUAUUUAUAGGGUACGUGCUCUACCUUGCUAGCCUAUUAAAUGUGUGGAUGCACA